AUUAUAGUGGCUGAGAUUGCUCCUCGCGCUUACACAGUUCACUACAUACACUUCUGCUUUUGCUUCGUCUUCGUUGUUCUCGUUUCGCUUCUCGAUUCUUCGAUUUCUGGCGGUUUUCCCGAUCUGAAACUGAAAAUGAAUCCUCCGGCGAGUGUCCGGUGACGAUCACUCUCUUCUUCUUCUUCGUCCACGGCAUGUCUUUGUUCCGAGGUGCUGUUGCUUACUACUCACAGCGUGACUCUGUUGAGUUUAAUUUCUCUGAUUUUGAGUUUUUCUCGGCAACCAAACAGGAGGAUUGGAAAUUUGCUGUGAUAGUAAACUAGUAAAGUAUUUGAGAAAGUGAACAUAGAGAUGGUUAUUGUUGUUGUUGUUGGAUGUGAUUUUAGAUUUUAGUACUGAUUGUGCUUUCACUCGCUUUUGAAAGGUUUUGGUGCUGUGAAGUUCGUUGUUUUGGUGAGAAUUCUGAUUAAGGAAAAUUUCUUGUAUUCUUCAUUCGGAGAAGCGGUUGAUUCUAGAAAAUUUUAAAUUUGAUUAUCGUCUUUAAUGCAUUAAUUUUCCAUGUGAGAUGUGAAUUGGAAUGCUUAUUCCUUCUGAUACGAAACAGAGACGGAUCUCUACCUAUUGUUUCUCGCUUUGUUUCUUUUGCAGUAGUAGUAGUAGUAGUAGCAUCACCAUACCUGCAGAUUCUUCUGCUCAGUUUCAACCGUGUUUCGCAUCACAAAAAAAUGAAAGGAGGUAUUCGUUGUAUACGCUCUUCGUCCGUGAAGAUCUGAAGCAGCGCUAGCCGCUAGCUGCUCACGUCCUGAAAUGGAUGCGGCGGACUCCUCUAGCGAAGAAGUGAUUGUUAAGACAAGAAAGCCAUAUACAAUCACAAAGCAAAGAGAACGAUGGACGGAGGAGGAGCAUAAUAGGUUUCUCGAAGCUCUGAAGCUACAUGGGCGAGCAUGGCAGCGCAUAGAAGAGCAUAUAGGAACAAAGUCUGCUGUGCAAAUCAGGAGCCAUGCACAGAAGUUCUUUACUAAGUUGGAGAAAGAGGCCCUGGUGAAGGGUGUUCCAAUUGGACAAGCUAUUGAUAUUGACAUUCCCCCUCCAAGGCCUAAAAGAAAACCAAGCAAUCCUUAUCCUCGGAAGUCGAGUGCUGUCACUGCAACAUUACAAAGUGGAGAAAAGGAUGUAAAACUCAAUUCAGUGGAAUCUUCGCAUGUUGAAUCUUCGCAUGUUAAACUAACACUGGACUUGGAAAAAGAGCCACUUCCAGAGAAACAUAAUGUAGACGAAGGUCCAACAACUGUAAAAGAAAAUAAGGACGGAGACCACUUAGAAGUAUUUACUGUUGGCCCAGAUGUACCUUAUUCCUCUGUAUCUUCAGCAAACAAGAGUUCAGUAUCAACGUCAGUGCCUUGGGGAAGUUCAGGCGCUUUAAAGGAGAUUACGCCUUCACUGAAAGAGGUAAUAGCACUAGAUGGAACAAAUGAAUCUUUUAUCACUAUUGAACUUGGAAAUCGAAAGUUGGCGACCAAUGAUGGAAAACAGACUAAUGGCUGUAGUAAAGACUCCAAGUUGGAGGAUUCUGAAGCUUCACAAGUGAAAUUGGUUCAAAGUGAGAAAACAGAUGGUCUUAAUUGUGCAUUUACAAUAGAUGGAAUGCAGAGCAAUCAGAAUUACCCUAGACAUGUUACUGUGCAAGUUUUUGAUGGGAAUGUAAGCACAAACACUCAAAAUCCAUCUCAAGAUAUGCGGUUACGAGACUCCAUAUUUCAGCCAAUAGGAGAGGUUAAUGGGCAACCUAAGGUUUUUACCAAUUCAGCUGCAUCAAACACAGGGGAAAGUCAAAGUAACACAGGACAAUCGUCUAUUCACCAAUCAUUUCUUCCUUAUCCUCCCUUCACACAACAUAAUCAAGAUGAUUACCAAUCAUUUAUUCACAUGUCCUCCACAUUUUCAAGCCUUGUUGUCUCUAACUUGCUGCAAAAUCCAGCAGCUCAUGCUGCAGCAAGUUUUGCUGCUACAUAUUGGCCCCAUGCACGCCCAGAAACUUUAGCAGAUUCUUCUAGGUGCUCCGAAGGAGGUUUUCCAUGUAGGCAAAUGGGCUCUCCUCCAAGUAUGGCAGCUAUUGUAGCUGCUACUGUUGCUGCUGCAACUGCAUGGUGGGCAACUCAUGGAUUGCUUCCUAUGUGUGCUCCUCCCCAUACUGCUUUUGCCUUCCCUCCUGCAUCAGUGACUGCUGUUCCAUCAGUGAAUACUGAUGAAGGACCAGCGUCGGAGAUAGAGCAAGGAAAUACUUAUAUACAAAAUCCUCCUCAGCAAGGUCAGAUACUGGAUCCAGAACACUCUGAAGCUCAACAAACUCAACAUUCAGCUUUGAAGUCACCAACUAUUACAUCAUCAGAUUCUGAGAAUGGAGAUGCCAAGUUACAUACUUUAUUGAAGGCUACUGAUCAUGAGAUGAAAGAAGUUUCUCAGCACCUUGAUUCCAAUAUAACGAAGGGCAAAACCCUGGUUGACCGUUCCUCAUGUGGUUCCAACACCUCUAGUAGCGAUUUGGAGACUGAUGCAUUAGAAAAGGAUGAGAAAGGGAAGGAAGAGCUUGAAACUCUUGAUGCUAACCUUUUAGCUGCUGAGUUUAUUAACCGUCGUUAUAGAACUGUUAGCAACCUUACUGAUUCUUGGAAGGAGGUUUCUGAAGAGGGGCGAGUGGCCUUUCGGGCUCUAUUCUCCAGACAGGUGCUGCCUCAAAGCUUUUCACCUCCACAGAAUUUGAAAAAUAAGGAUCAUCAAUUGGACAACAUCAUGGACGACAAGCUAAACACAGAUGACAAAGAUAAAGACGACGUUGACCGCCAGAAAUGCAGUUCUAGUUAUGAAGGAAUGCAGAAAAACCUGCCAUUCUUUGAAAUUAACGAGGAAGGACAGGUAACCAUUGGGCUUGAACAAGGAAAGCUCAAUACUCGUCGAACAGGCUUUAAGCCCUACAAAAGAUGUUCCAUGGAGGCCAAGGAAAACCGGGUUGGUACGACCAGCAACCAAGGUGAUGAGAAAGGUUGUAAGAGAAUACGUUUGGAAAGAGAGGCUUCAACUUGAGGUUUGAUAUAUGCGUGCAAUCACAUAAAGGAAACCUUUGGUUUUUGCAUAUCAUUUAUAAUCCCCCACAACGGUGUAUCUCUAUUGUUUAUUUCUAAUCUUGCAGCUUAAGAAACUUUUCCUGUCGGUGUGUGUACCAUAUUUAAUUACUACAUACGCUCUUUUACUA